CAAUUGUCGGAUGUUUUUGCUGAUUUGGAGGAAGAGUUAUCACAGAGGUGAGGUGACGGAUGCUCACACAGUACCUGCUUUCUUUGAUCUACAUGACGGAUGAUGUUCAAUUUGAAUUCACCAGACUGAAGUAGACACAGAUCAAACCACUGACUACGGAUAUUCAGGGAAAUGAACACCUCACAUCAUCAUGGACUGCAGCAUUCAUACCGGAAUCACAGCCAGGGAGCAUUAUCGGUGGGAAAGCCUGCUCAGGGCGAGAGAGGAUCAGCCUCUGGAUGCUAUGAGCAGCUGCUCAUCUCCACAGAGGUCUUCCUCACGCUCGGGCUUGUCAGUCUCCUGGAGAACAUUCUGGUGAUUGCGGCUAUUGUCAAGAACAAGAACCUUCAUUCUCCCAUGUAUUUCUUUAUCUGCAGUUUAGCCGUAGCAGACUUGUUGGUCAGUGUCUCCAAUGCCUCCGAAACGGUUGUGAUGGCGCUCAUCACGGGGGGCAACCUGACCAAUCGCGAGAGCAUCAUCAAGAACAUGGACAACAUUUUUGACUCAAUGAUUUGUAGCUCACUGUUGGCCUCCAUUUGGAGUUUGUUGGCCAUCGCGGUGGACCGCUACAUCACGAUCUUCUACGCCUUGCGCUACCACAACAUCAUGACCCAACGGCGGGCGGGCACCAUCAUCACCUGCAUCUGGACCUUCUGCACGGUCUCUGGCGUGCUCUUUAUCGUGUACUCGGAGAGCCCCACCGUUCUAAUCUGCCUUAUCAGCAUGUUCUUCACCAUGUUGGCGCUUAUGGCCUCGCUCUACGUCCACAUGUUUCUUCUGGCCCGACUGCACAUGAAGCGCAUUGCCGCCCUCCCUGGCAAUGGCCCUAUCUGGCAGGUGGCAAAUAUGAAAGGGGCCAUCACCAUCACUAUCCUGCUGGGUGUAUUCGUGGUGUGCUGGGCUCCCUUUUUCUUGCACCUCAUUCUUAUGAUUUCCUGCCCACGGAACCCUUAUUGCAUCUGCUUCAUGUCCCACUUCAACAUGUACCUGAUCCUUAUUAUGUGCAACUCGGUCAUAGACCCUCUCAUCUAUGCCUUCAGGAGCCAAGAGAUGAGGAAGACCUUCAAGGAGAUCUGCUGCUGCUGGUAUGGACUGACCUCUCUGUGUGUAUAAGCUUUUUUUCUGUUUGAUGUCAAGGUACUGAUUGUGAGAUGUUGACUUGCAAGGCAAAACUAAGCAACCAUCACUGGAGGAUGCUGAGAAUGUAGAAGAUCUUAUUACACUGCGUAGCUUGUGUGAUUAUUCUGCACACAGUUAUUUGAUUCC